AUGGAUGAAAUGUAUUUGGACGUAGCUGGCGGAUAUGAAGAAGAUUGCAAAAUAACUCAAAUGCAGUACCACUCUUUCCUUCCGUAUUCGACUAAAGCUUUAUCCAAUAACGAUGAAAUUAGAAUAUCUAUUCAAAAUAUGGACGCUUACACUUGCCUUGCGAGAGCUAUCUUUACAUUGAAGAUGAUAUGGAGCCGUCAGAAGACCAUGAUUAUCAACAUUUAUAAGGACAUGAAAUUGAAGUCUCCGAGUAAGCCGUACAAGGAAAUGAUGGUUGAAAUUUCAAAUAUCACAGAUCGUAAUGCACUUCGUCAAAAAGUUCAUUCCUUUUGGUUGAGAAAAGAAAUACCAACCAUCGACAAAAUUUUGCAUGCGGUGAAUGAAGAUCCUGCCCUUCCCGAUUUCAAACGCACUUCGUUGUAUUCGUUGAUAAAGAAAUUGGACUUCGUCUUCACCAAGAGGAAAAGAUGCAGCGUGUUGACGGAGCGAGAAGAUCUGUUGGUUUGGCGUCAGAAUUAUUUGUACGAUGUACGUAAAUAUAGAGAAGAAGGUCGUACCGUCUACUAUCUAGACGAAACGUGGCUAAAUGCAGGUGAUUGUGUUGACAAAGUAUGGGUCGACCAGACAAUUCGGUCAAAACAUGACGCUUUUAACAAAGGUCUGACAACAGGUGUUACGAACCCGACUGGCAAGGGCAAACGUUUGAUAAUUGUACACAUUGGCUCGCACAAAGGUUUUGUAGAUGGUGGUCUGUUAUUUUUUGAAUCAAAAAAAAAUAGUGCAGACUACCAUGACGAAAUGAAUGGUGACAACUUCCACGAAUGGUUUAAGUCAAUUCUUCCACGCCUUGAUCCAAACUCGGUAAUUGUGAUGGACAAUGCCCCGUAUCACUCGGUCAGGACAGAGAAAAUACCGACAUCCAGCACAAAAAAAGAAGACAUUAUAUCGUGGUUAAUUUCAAAAAACGUUGUCAUUGACCAAAAAAUGUUUAAGCCACAAUUACUGGCGAAGGUCAAAGAAAUAAAGGGGCAGUAUAUGUCAUAUGUUGUCGACAAUAUGGCCAAAGACGCCGGGCAUAAUGUAUUGAGAUUACCACCCUACCAUUGCGAAUUGAACCCGAUAGAAUUGGCAUGGGCAAUGGUUAAGGGCUACGUCAAACAGCACAAUACGACAUACAAAAUCGAUGACGUUAAGCUCCUUCUGAACACGGCAAUUGAACGGGUCACCAGCGAAAAUUGGCAAAAUUUUCUUCAACAUGUUAAAACAGAGGAGGAUAAAAUGACAGAAGUAGACGAAAAUAUGGAUGCAAUUAUAGACAAUUUAGAACCCUGUGUCCUCACCAUAACAGGCGAUACUUCCAAUUCUGACGAUGACUUGUAA